AUGAAGGCAUUAACGAGGUAUGCUCCCAGAAACGCUUCGCAAUCGCAAGAUUGGAAACAUAUUUCCAAUCUGGAAUUGGCUGACGAUGAUCCUACCGGAUCAACACCGAUUGAUCUCAUAAUAGGAUCCGAUUUAUAUAAUCACGUACUCGUUCACGUACGUAACGGACCGCUCGGUCAACCAGGUGCAAUUGAAUCGCAUUUCGGAUGGAUCCUAUCCGGAACAACCUCUAUCCCGAAUCACGUGACACAACCCUCUCAUGUGGUAACUUCAACUCUCGUAAUUCCGCCUGUUGAGGAUGCGAGUCGCGUCGUGCAAUCAGCUCAGUUAAAUCAACGUUACAGUGUUGUCGCUCAUUGUUGUUCUCUCGAAAAUCAAUUGUCUAAAUUCUGGGAGGCAGAAGAAACACCUCAAUCAAUUGAAAUGUCCCCAGAUGACGAACAAUGCGAAGAACAUUUCAAACAAACGCAUUCGAGAACAUCGGAUGGGAGAUAUAUCGUGCGUCUGCCGUUUCGAAACGGCCCACCCAUCGAAAUCGGUGAAUCUCGCGAAAUAGCCGCGCGUCGGCUUUCGUCGUUACUUCGGAGAAUUAAUAAUCAACCUGCGAUUAAGCAGGAGUAUGCUGAAUUCAUGAGCGAAUACGCACAGUUGAAUCAUAUGAAAGUAAUCGCACCGGUGGAUUCAGUAAAUUCACAAGUCGUGUACAUCCCUCAUCAUCCGGUCAUUCGAGAGACUAGUUCGACAACUCGGUUGAGAGUCGUAUUUGACGCCUCAUGCACAACCUCUAACGACAUAGCGAAAAUGUAUAGACAAAUAUUGGUCGACUCGCGAGAUAGAGAUUAUCAACGCAUCCUAUGGAUAGAUGAAAAUUCGAAUAUUCAAGAACAUCAACUCCUUACGGUAACAUACGGUACGGCUUCCGCACCGUUUUUAGCUCUUCGAGUCAUUAAUCAGUUAAACGAUGAUGAAGGAAGCUCGUUUCCACUAGCAUCUGCGGUUUUAAGCGAGAACGUCUAUGUGGACGACGUGCUGUUUGGGGCCGAAGAUAUGCCUCUCCUUAAACAGACUCGAGAUCAAGUUUGCAAAUUGUUGAAACGCGGUGGAUUCGAUCUUCGCAAAUGGGCGAGUAACAAACCGGAGUUGCUCUCAGAUAUUUCAUCGGAUCAUCACGGGCUCGCACAGCUUAAAUUAUUCGAGACUGACAACAAUCUGAAGGUUCUCGACUCUCCCUUCUACAAAACGAACGAUUCUCUCUACCAUAGCCAGAAUAUUCGAUCCACUUGGAUGGGUCACACCCGUGGUUCUCAAAGCGAAAGUUUUUAUGCAGAAAUUAUGGCGACACAAGUAGGCUGGGACGACAAUCUCUCAGAAGAUCUCCUUUUACAAUGGAGCGUGAUUUAUAAAUCACUUCCUUACAUCAAAAGCAUAAAACUUAGUCGCUGGAUUGGAUGCGAUUCAGAUACCAAGAGCAUCGAGUUACACGGUUUCGCGGAUGCUUCCCAAGUAGCUUACGCCGCAGUAGUUUUUUUGAGAGUCACAACAUUAUCCGGUCAUACAACUGUUUCGCUCCUCGCUGGGCGAUCCAAAGUCGCGCCUAUCAAACCGCUGACAAUUCCUCGAUUAGAAUUGUCAGCUGCGGUCUUAUUAGCGCGCCUAAUUGAAUUCAUCAGAAAAUCUCUUCAUUUCACGAAAAUGCCAGUCCAUUGUUGGACAGAUUCGAGUAUUGUGCUUGCUUGGUUAAACAAGCACCCAUCUCAUUGGAAAACUUUCGUCUCGCAUCGCGUAACAGAGAUUCAAACACGAGUAGCUGAUGGCAUUUGGCAUCAUGUCAGUACACAUGAAAAUCCCGCUGACUGUGCAUCUCGCGGUUUACUCGGCACAGAAUUAAGCGCCUUCGACAUUUGGUGGCGCGGACCUUCAUGGUUGAGUCUUAAACAGGAUGAUUGGCCCACAUUCACAAUAACGCCGAUAGACGAAACACAGUUAGAAGAAAAACCGUGUCAAGUGCAUCAAGUGAACGCUAAUGAACCGUGGAAUCUCACUACUCGAUAUUCAUGGUGGCCAAAAUUAAUACGUAUUACCGCCUACAUUUACCGUUUCAUAAGGAAGUGUAGAAAGAAAGAAACACACAAUAAUCGAACAACAAGUCUCAAUAUCACGCUCUUACUACAGUUGAAUUCAACGAAGCACGAAACUUCUGGCUGA